UUGGUCCAAGACUUGAGCCAAUCCUGGGAUUCAUUGAGUCCUGAGUUGAAGGCAUUGGAGUCUAAGGUAUCGCUAAUUGUAUCGGAUUUUGUGAUCCAUUGGUUUCCGGAUAAGAGCCGACUAAUGCAUGUCGUGAGCAAACUGUUGGCCAAAAACGGGGAAUUUGUGGCCAAUUAUGUUCGCACUCCGGAUGUCAAGUCAUUGUUGACAAGCGAACAAAUACGACAAUACAAUAUACAAUUGCAAACUAAGAGUGAAUCGCAACAAUUGGAUGAAAUACGGACCGCGUGUUCGGACAAUGGCUUACAUGUAUUGAAAAUAAAUGUGGUUUUGCACACAAGUCGUGUCAACCAAUACGCCAUCAAAUCCGACACGAGUGGUCCGAUGCAAUUCGGUCCCGCUUUCCAAAUAGCGGACAAAACUUCCCCAUUGUUUGCAUUCAUGCGAAACAUAAUGUUUGACAUCGCGUUACGUCCGGACGCGACUGCUCUUAACCCUCACGCCUACGACCAGUUGGCCCACAAUUGGGACCCAAACGGUCCCAAAGUUCCCUUCUAUGUUCACGGCAUACAUGUUGAAUGUUAUAAACGU